UUUGGGCGGCCAUACUUAAUUUGCAAUAAUUCUCCCCAUACCUAAUUAACCCCUUAAAUAUUGGUUGCAUGUUGCAUCUAUCUAUUAAUAAAUUGACAAAGUUGAAAAAGAGGGAAAAUGGAGGGAAGAGUAUUGGAGGAGAUAGAGGUUAAGGUACCUGCAAGCGAAGCCUGGAAGCUCUGCGGCAGCCUCCUACUCGCCAAGAUCGUGGGCGAAAGGCUUCCCAAUCUCUUCAGUAAGGCGGAGGCCAUAGAAGGCGAUGGCUCUGCCGGGACCAUCCUCCACGUCUUUUUCGCUCCAGGGACGGCGGGGCCGCCAUGGUACAAGGAGAAGUUCACGGUGGUGGAUAACGAGAGGCGAGUGAAGGAAGCGGAGGUGGUGGAGGGUGGGUUUUUGGAUCUGGGAUUUACACUUUACAGGGUGCGGUUGGAGGUGAUAGAGAAGGAGGAGGAGGAGUGCGUGGUUAGAGCCACCAUCGAGUACAAGUUGAAAGAGGAAGCUGCUGGGAAUGCUGAUUUGGUUUCCAUUCAGCCCCUCGUUGCUAUGAUGCAGGUUGCUGCAGAUUACUUGACCAACAACUACACCACCACCACCAACUGAUGCACAUCUCCAACUCCAACUACUCCUUCCGUGUUGUGUAUUAUAUAUUGCAAUGAUAUGAAUAUGUUCAGCUAAAAUUCCCCUAAGAAAUGUAAACUUUUGCCCUUUAAAUAGCUA